AAUCAAUGUUCAACGUUACGUUCGGUCCUGUCGGUUGUCUUCUGUGGUACAAGAACGAAAAUCUGCUGGUAACUUUCAGUAAUAAGGAGGACCAUCAUGCCAAUAGCGUAUAAGGAUGCGGGAAAAAUACGAGCUCAUAUGGACGACAUUAUUGAAAAUUUCGAUGUUACCGAUUUUCAGAACAAAUUGGUAGGGAAAGGAUUAAAGCUUCCUGAUGUUAGCGUACUUAAUCAGGAGACAGUAAUCCAUAAGAAAAACAGAAAAUGCCUUGAAUAUCUUAUUAAACCUGGAAAUGAAAAUGCAAAUUAUCAAGUGUUAAUUGACCUUCUGAGAGAGUAUAAGUAUACCAAAGUUGUGGAAAAACUCGAAAGUGGACUGCCACCGCAGGAAGCAACAUGUAAAGCAGGCAGUACAGUACAGCGUAUCCAUGUACCGGAAAACAAACGCCAUACAUAUCUGACUGAUAAAUAUCUUGUACAACUGUCCAAACCAGUUUCUGUUAAGGACAAGCUUGAGUGGGCUACAUAUUUAGGUGUACCUCGUCGGGAUGUGGAAGUUAUAGAAAUGGAUGAUCCGUUAAGCACCGACACACAAAUGAUGAAAAUUUUAUUUUGUUGGCGAAACUCUCAGCCAAGACCCGAUUGUACACUUGGUGUACUUAUGGAAAAAUACAAUUUCUCAAUGGACAAUGGCGUAGAUAUAGACACAGAAGCGUUGGAGGGGAUUAUUGAAAAUAUACCAGUAGGACAACAGAAAAGAUACUGAUAACUGGUGGCUGGGAUUGGAGAGGGCCGUCAUCGUUUCUGAGGGAUUUCACGCUCAUGCCAUUUAUCAAUGUAUAAAAACAAAUAAAACCAACUUAAAACGGGGAAUUCCCUCGCAUCAAACAACCAUUUUGACUUUUAGAUAAAUGUUUCGAAAGCUUCUUUGAAUUCUAUUGAGGAGGUCAAUAAGUGUUUGACAGAAUGGUUAAACAGUUGAAUAGUUGUACAUAAACAUUGAACAGUCAUUAUGAAGUGUGACCUUCAAAGGUAACUUAUACCUACAAAUAUGUAUCUUAUUACAACCAACAUUUGUGUCUCUUUUAAGAUCUGUCGGGUUUUUUUGUUUUGUUUUUUGUUUUUUUUUUUUUUUUUUUGCUGUUCAACUGUAAUAAUUUGACCUUUGACGUCUGACCUCGAGCCUGAUUUGCAUACAUUAUAAUUGAUUUAGUAUGUGUUUUCCAUAUAAAGCUAUCGUGACCCUUUGCGUAUAUCAUGAAUACUUAAGUGACACCUUAAACCCAUCGUAAGGAACACUAAAACUUGUAGUGACCAGCGAUCAG